CAGUCGUUUAUUUUCAUUUUUCAAAUGAGUAAUGAUCAGUUGGUGUGGUGCAACGAGUGAGUAUAGAGUUGGAUAAAUAUAAAUAAAACAUCGAUAUUUUAUCGUAUUGACUCACCUUUCCGACCCGCGUUAAAUGAAAUGCAGUGCUGGUGAUUAAGGACAACAAAGAGAAACAAUAAAUCAUGGCAACCCAAAAAGAAGUUGGCGUAGGCGAUUUCGUCCUCAUGGACAAAAUCGACCUGGAAAAUUUUAUGAGAAAUCUUGAACUAAGAUUCAAAAAUGGUUACAUCUAUACUUACAUUGGGGAAGUAUGUGUUUCAGUUAACCCUUAUAGAACGAAAAAUAUCUACGGAACUGACCAAAUAAACCAGUAUAAAGAUAGAGAACUUUUCGAAAACCCGCCUCACAUUUUUGCUAUCGCUGACGCUUCCCACAAGGUGAUGAAGCAACAGGGGAAAGAUACGUGUAUCGUUAUCAGCGGCGAAUCCGGAUCUGGGAAAACUGAGGCCUCGAAAAUUAUCAUGAAAUACAUAGCAGCCGUAACGAAUCAGGGAGGUCAAAAGGAAAUCGAACGUGUUAAGGACGUUCUGAUCCAGUCGAAUUCAAUUUUAGAAGCAUUCGGUAACGCCAAAACUAACAGAAACGACAAUUCUUCCAGGUUCGGUAAAUACAUGGAUAUCCACUUUGAUUUCAAAGGCGACCCAAUCGGUGGUCACAUCAAUAAGUAUUUGUUGGAAAAAUCGCGUGUCAUACACCAACAACCCGGAGAAAGAAACUUCCAUUGUUUUUAUCAGCUUUUAUCGGGAGCGAAUGAAGACUUGUUGAAAAGACUGAACUUAUCUCGUGAUACCCAUCAGUAUUUCUACGUGAAGCAAGGAAAUGCGGCCGUAGUUAACACAAUAAACGAUAAAAACGAUUAUCGCGAAGUAUCUUCAUCAUUGAACACACUCCAAUUCAGUAAACAAGAACAGGAUACGUUGUGGAAAGUAGUAGCUGCCACUUUGCAUUUAGGUAACAUAGAAUUCGAAAUUGACGAAGAAGAUAAAUUGAAAUUGAAGAAAACCAAAGGCGUUGAUUAUGUCGCUGAAUUAUUGCAAGUGAAAAGAAGCGAUUUGGAAACCGCUCUUUGCGAAAGAGUCAUCGCUGCCAGAGGAGAUAUUAUGAGAAAAGAACACACUGUAACAGAAGCAGUUUUCGGUAGAGACGCUUUCGCUAAAGCAGUAUACGAUACACUUUUUACUUGGAUAGUUAAUAAAAUCAACGCUGCUAUAGCUGUUGAUAAAACUAAUUUGAGGAUGACUUACAAGAGUUCAUUGAUUGGUGUAUUGGACAUUUAUGGAUUUGAAGUGUUCGAUAACAACAGUUUCGAACAAUUUUGUAUAAAUUAUUGUAAUGAAAAGUUACAACAACUAUUUAUUGAAUUGGUGCUUAAACAAGAACAAGAAGAGUAUAAUCGUGAAGGUAUCGCUUGGACCAAUAUUGAAUAUUUUAAUAACCAAAUUAUCUGUGAUUUAGUGGAAGCGCCCCACAAAGGUAUUAUUUCUAUAAUGGAUGACGCCUGCAAAAUGACAGCUGAAAAAGUAACUGACGAAAUGCUGUUAGAAGCCAUGGACAAAAACCUAAAAGGUCAUAAGCAUUAUGUUUCGAGACAGACUAAGCCACCGGAAAAAAAUCUUAGACAUAAAAUUGAUUUUCGUAUAACUCAUUACGCUGGUGAUGUAACUUAUUGCAUAACAGGGUUUUUGGAUAAAAAUAAAGAUACGCUAUACCAAGAUUUUAAAAGAUUGUUGUACAAUUCGAAAGAUCCGAAUAUUAAGGAGAUGUGGCCAGAAGGAGCUCAACAUAUUUCAGAGAUCACCAAAAGACCCCCUACGGCUGGAACGCUUUUCAAAAAUUCCAUGUUGGCACUCGUUCAAAAUUUGCAAAAUAAAGAACCGCACUACGUGAGAUGUAUAAAACCGAAUGAAAUUAAAUCCGCAUCUGCCUUUGACGAACAAAGAGUACGACAUCAAGUUAGCUAUUUAGGACUUGUAGAAAAUGUUAGAGUAAGAAGAGCUGGAUUUGCUUACAGACAACGAUACGAUAGAUUUUUGAAGAGGUACAAAAUGAUUUCCCAGUUCACUUGGCCGAACUUCAGAUCCGGAUCAGACAAAGACGCCUGCAAAGUGAUAAUGGAUGAAAACAGAUUCAGCGACGACGUAAAAUACGGCAAAACAAAAAUAUUCAUUCGAACCCCACAAACACUCUUCGCAUUAGAACGGGCCAGAAACAGUCUUAUACCGGGAAUCGUUACAUUGAUCCAAAAAACAUGGAGAGGAUACAUAGCCAGAGAACAGUACAAGAGAAUGAAGGCACUAAUGACGAUGAUCAAAGUAUACAGACAGAAAAAGAUGAGGGAAUACAUUUGCGCUUUGGACGAUAAAUUCAAAAACGCCAAGAAAAUGAGAGAUUACGGAAAGAGUAUAUUGUGGCCGGCUCCACCUUUAUCUUUAAGAGAAACCACUAAACAUUUAAAAAAUAUAUUCAACAAAUGGAGAGCCAGCAUGAUCCUGAAACGUAUACCGCGCAGCGAAUGGCCCCAAAUGAAACUGAAGAUAACCGCUGCAAGCGCAUUAAUAAACAAACGACCCCAUUACGGCGUAAACAGAAAAUGGGAGGGCAACUACCUCUCGUCGCACAUUGAAAACAACAACUACACCGUAUACAACGAAGCGGUAAAUAACCUCAAAAAUACCAAACAUUUCACCGACGUUCUAUUCUCUUCGUUCGUAACGAAAUUUAAUAAAUUCAAUAAAGUAGCCGAAAGGGUGAUGCUUAUAACGGAUCAGUUCGUUUUCAAAUUGGAUACGAUGAAAUUUAGGAAUAUGAAGGAAGGAACGACGAUCGGGGAAUUGACGGGAAUUAGCGUCAGUCCCGGACACGAUCAAUUGAUUAUCUUGCAUUGCCCCGGCGGGAACGAUCUGGUCGUUUCCCUACAUUGUGAUAAGCAAGAAGAUAGGAUCGGGGAAUGUAUCGGAGUUUUAUGUAACAGAUACUACCAGAUUAAAAAAGUCGAUUUACCUGUAAAAGUAUCGAAAAACUUAUCUUGCAGUCUGGGUAAGAAACAGAGACGAAUCAACAUUCAAGUAUCAGCAGCUGAACAACAACCGACUUUCAAAAGGGACGGCAACGAUAUAUUGUAUCUUAUACCAUCGACGUAUUCCAUACUAGAAAACGGCAAUAAUCAUAUUAAACAGUAGGUUAUAUAUAAAAAGGGUGAUAAUGGAGUUAUAUUAUCUUUUCAGUUACUCUGAGGGAUGACUUACUGUUUAGGUAAGCAUCAUGGGUACAAAACCAUUUGAGCGCGAUAGAUUUAACCUGAAACGGAUAUAUAUUUAAACGAUCAAUUAUAUGCACGUAAAACAAAUGAUUUGCAUAAAUGGUAUCAGAGUCAUCCGUUGGAGUUAUCGAAGAGGAACAUAUAGCUUUGCUAUAUUUUAUUCUAAAAUGCUAUUUUUGGGGUUUAGGAAAACUGCUUUCUUACCAAAACCAAAAAUUUUCUUUAUUAAUUAGUGUUUUAAUUCCUCUAAGAAUGUAGCACAAGAAACAACUAGUAUUUGAUUUGGUUUUUGGUUGGUAGUCUUGUAAAAAAUGUGUCAUAAUAUUUUUUUGGGUUUAUACAUUUUAUUUUUAUCAACUUUUCUUCCUUUAUACAGAGUUUUUCAUCAAUAAUUGUGAUUGUUUAAACAUAAACUAUUUGUUCUAACUACUUUGAAACUGUUUGACAUAUCUAUUAGAUAGUACUAGGUACUAAACACCGUACACUAAAUUAUGUCAAAUAGUGUCCAAAAUUUUAAAUAAAAUAACCUGUAAUGCAGUAAGGAAGCACGUUUUAUCUAAUUUAGAUCAAAUUUUGAGCUAAAGAUACAACAAUUGAUAUAUUAAUGGAAAUCCCUGUAUAAAAAAAGAGAAAGGGAUACAAAUUUGUAUGGUUAAUGUUGGUAGUAGUUUCACAAAAAGUUUAAUUGUGUAAAACUAUUAGAAAUGCAUAAAAUAUAAAACAAAUUCGCGUAAAUAGUGUCUUGAAUUAGCGAAACUGAAAAGUAAUGUCAUUAUGUUUCAAUAUUUUAUAUUUAUAUUUCAAUAUGUAAAUUAAUCAGUUUCAAGCAGUCAUUUUGACACUUUUAUCAAAUAUAUCAAAGUAUAGACUAUUUUGAUACAUCUUAUUUUUUUAAAUAUGAGAAUGAGCUUAAUAUACAAGUGCCUAUCCAUAGAGUUUACAAAAUUUUUUAUUGUUAUUUUUUUUAUGUACCUUUACAUACAUAAAACAUUUUAACAACAAAAAAAUAUCAAGGGUUCUAUUACUAAAAUUAAUUAAAAAUAUUGUGGAAUUUUCAUUAUAUUUGCUAUUUAUAUAGUUUUUGUUAAAUUUCUCUAAUAGGGCUGUGGUUUCUAAUACAACGAUUUUUUUUUAAUUUUUUUUUGCUUGUCGACUACAUAUUUUUAUAUACACCAAUAUAUAUAUACAUAUAAAAAGAGAAAAAAUAUUUUCAUUUAAUAUAGAAGCACAAGACAGUUUUUUUGGAUAAGUACAAAGGAUUUUUAUCAAAAUGAAAUCAAUAAUAACCUUUAUUUAAAUUUAAAUAAAAUUUUCAAAAAAACAUUCUUAUAGAUAUUCUCAACAAAAAUUAUUAAACGUUUCAUAUCAUUGGAUCAGUUAGUUUCAGAAAUAACUGAAGCUCGUAGUUCAUUUCAAGUUGGUACUAAAAUUUCUUGUAAUUACUUUGAGUAACAAAUAAUUUCUAUAUCCAUGAUAAGUCUUAUUUUCUUUCUGUUCAUAUACCAAACAUUGCAUUGUUGAUCUUCAGUUUUCAUUAUUUUCCUUUUUCAGUAUUCCAUUUCUUCUUUUUUUUAUUCUACAUUAUAUUUCUUUAUUAUUUGUCCCUUCUGAAUUAAAAAUAACGACUAGAUAUUUAAAAGUCUCACACCUGUCUAUAAUUUUGUUGUUUUCUAGUUGUAUCCUCUCCUAUACACAAGUUCUGUGUCUUUUCUACGUUCAUUCUUAGUUCCCAUUUUCUGUAUUUUUUCUUUAGUUUGUGUAUCAUGUAUUCUAAAUAAUCUCUGUCAUUUGCACGUAUUACCUGAUCAUCUGCAAACUUAAGGGUGUAUAACCAGGUGUCGGCGUUGAUUUGGAUCCCUAUUACUUUGCAUUUCUUCUUCCAAGUUGUUAGAGCUUAUUAUAAAACAUACAUUUUGAAAAGUAUUGUUCCCGAUACUUUAUUUUGAAUUUUUACUGACUUCUUAUCUUUAUAUAAGCUCUAGAUGGCCUUUGGGGUGGUAUAAUUUAUAUAUUUAUAAGAGCUUCCCUUAAUUUUGAUAUUGGUAUGUUAUCGUAGGCCUUUUGUAAAUCUAUGAACAUUAGGGUAUCUAAAGGAAACUUGUAAAACAAAAAAAAAUAGUCUGUAUAAAGAGGCGAUUAUUUAAUACAAACACAGAGUUUAUAUUAAAAGUUGUGAGAAUAGUUCAAAUAGUUGAGGAAAAUUGAGUUUUGCAAACAUCAAAGUUCGUUCUGGAACUAAUUAAGUGUUUCGCAACUUUUUACACACUUCAAUUUAUUAUUUACAGCAGUUACAUGUUAAAUAAUAAAUUUUCAAUAAAUAUAUAAACAUGUAAAUUGCGAAAUUAGUGCAAAUUUAUAAUCUAUUAUUUACUUAAUUUUUGGCAUUUGAAGAAUUUAUUUUAUCUGUUAUGUAAUUUUGACCAUCUAUAAUCAAUUAUAUCAAUUUAUAUUGUUAUUUUUUUAUAAUUAAUGUAAAUAUAUACCAUAAUUGUUUUUCUGGGUACUUAAGGACUAAAAACAAUAAUGAAAUUUAAAUAUUUUCAAAACAUAGUAUUAUUAUAUCUUACAUAUUUUUUCUUAGAAUAAUAUUUAAAGUGCUUUCAUUGUAUUUUAUAUAUAAAAUUUUCAUGUUACUUAGUGCCAUUAUUUAUAUUUGUACAUUUUUUGUACCUGUUAAGAGCAUAUUAUACUGAUGCUAACAUGUGCCUUAAUAAAAAUAGUUAUAAAAACCUUGA